AUGUUCUCCGUCGCUGCUGCUCCUUUGCGUCAAGGUGCGUUCCCACGGAAGGACUCGAAGAAGCUCAUCUACCCUGCACACCACUGACCACGUCCUACCUGUUCCCGUUCCCCUGCAGCGUCUCGCCGAGCGUUCAGCACCUCGCGCGCGGCCGCGUCGUCGCUCGAGCUGUACAACCAGACCAUCCCCAACUUGCGCAUCACCGAGGAUUCCAAGGUCAUCUGCCAGGGGUUCACGUGAGUCACUUUGCGGCGUGUUGUCCGCGGGGAGAGCGGCGAGACACUACAAGAGGGUCGUCCACUCUGUGGUCCUCGUGUCUCUCUCUCUCUCUCUCUCUCUCUCUCCGCCGCGUGGUGCUUGCUCUAUGAGGAGGCAGUCCAGAAAGCUGAGAAUUGUGAUCUUACCCGUUAUCGUACAGCGGCAAGACGGUUCGUCCUACGAAUUACUCCGGAAUACUUCCGCAGCUGAAGAAGGAAAACUAACCCGAAACGUGCCGUCUCCCAUCCCUACAUCCUCCGCAACUCUGCCACUCCCGUACACGUCUCCAAAUCAGGCCACGUUCCAUUGCCGUGAAGCGCUGCAGUUUGGUACAAAACUCGUCGGCGGUGUCAGCCCCAAGAAGGCUGGAACAGAACACCUCGGCUUGCCCGUCUUUGGUUCCGUUCGAGAGGUCCGUUGAGGGAACACACCCCGGCGGAGGUGAUCCCCCGAAGGCUGAUCCAGUAACUUGAAACCACCCUCGUCGCAGGCCAACGACCAAACCAAACCCCACGCGACGGUGAUCUACGUCCCUCCCCCCUUCGCCGCGGACGCCAUUAUCGAAGCGAUCGAAGCCGAGAUCCCUCUCAUCAUCUGCAUCACCGAAGGGAUCCCGCAAUCCGAUGAGGUUCGCGUCGCCCAGGUGUUGCGUCGUCAGACCAAGUCCCGUUUGGUGGGACCUAAUUGCCCGGGUAUCAUUGCACCUGGUGUGAACGGCGGUUGCAAGAUUGGAAUCAUGCCUGGUGAGUUUGAUGGCUUUUCGGCGAGCGGGUUCCGGCCCCGGAGGUGUUGAUCGUGCGUUUGUGCAUCUCGUGGUUUCUCAUCAUCAGGAAACAUCUUCAAGGCUGGAUCAGUUGGUGAGUCCGGGGGAAACUAAGCCGCGAUCCUGGUUCCGGAUCAAGUUCGCUGACAAAGGUCGCCGCCUACUCCCGCGUCCAUCUCCCAGGUGUCGUCUCGCGUUCCGGAACGCUCACCUAUGAAGCCGUCGACCAAACGACCAAAGUCGGUUUGGGCCAAUCCCUCUGCGUCGGUAUCGGAGGUGAUCCUUUCCCCGGCUCGCAGCAUAUCGAUGUGCUCAAGGUGUUUAUGGAGGAUAAGGCGACAAAAGGUGCGUUGGGGGAUAGAAGAUGGCGGGGAGGCGUGAACGUAGCUGACUGCUGGUGGGGAGUGAGUUCCAGGUAUUGUCUUGAUCGGUGAGAUCGGUGGCACGAUGGAGGAGGAGGCGGCCGAGUACCUGCAAAAGUACAACGUCGAGAAGAAGCCCGUCGUUGGAUUUAUCGCGUACGUCCUCCCCUUCUUCACCCACACAGUAUGGACGAUAGGAUGCUGACGCGUUAUUUUUUAUACGACUCUCUACAGUGGCCGAACCGCUCCCCCGGGUCGUCGUAUGGCAAGUCCCUCGGUCGCGAACAGGCUCUAACCCAAGCAGGCCGCCGAACUGACCUCCUCUUCCAUCGUUACUCCUUCAGGGCCACGCCGGCGCGAUCAUCUCCGGUGGCAAAGGUGGUGCCGAGGACAAGGUCAAGGCGCUGGAACAGGCCGGCGUGAUCGUCACCGAUUCGCCGGCCAAGUUGGGCGCGUUGCUCAAGGAGGUAAGUCACGACUGAAUCGGGAGCUCGGUCGGUGGUGGGCAGAGUUUGGAUUGGUACUGACGUCCUUUUUUUUGUGGAUAUGUUGGAUGCGAAAUAGGCUAUGGUCAAGGCUGGGUUGGCUUAG